CUGGACGGGCGCACGUGGGUGCACCGCGAGCCGAGGGAUCGGACCCUCGGCGACAUGCUCCGCCGGCUGCAAAAGUCACUGGCGGGCAACUGCCCCGUCGGCACGCCCAUCACCCCGCUGCCCGCCAACGGCGGUGACGGCGCGCACGAGGGCAAAGCGCACGUGCACAUCAUCGCCGUCGAGCCCGUGUACAGCGCGAUGGACGAUGACGCGUCGAAUUCUCACCCAAACUCACCGGCCAACUCUCCAAAGGCUGCCAAGUUUUCCGGCGGCGCCGUCGGCGGCGAGGAAUUUCCAGUCGCAUCCGCGUUUGUCUUUGACGCGCCUUUCGUGCCGCAGGGUGCGCCAAAGCCAUCGGGACCCGAGGCUGCGCUGCGCAUCACGUGGCGUUGCCGCACCACGGCGCGCGUGGAUGGUAAGUUCCCCGGGCUGUGCGCCCGUCUGCUCGUGACGGACGAGUCCACGACGGAGAUGUCCCCGGCGUCAUCCGCGGCUGAGAUGCUCCGGGCGCAGUCGCGGGCCAUCGCGGCGGCGGCGACGGCUUGGGACGAGCUGAGAAACGGCGCCACGAGCAGUGCCGUCGUCGGCGUGGUCGGCGGCGUGAGCGCGAACGCCGCGGCGGUCGACGAUGCGGCUUCCGCGGCGGCCGUGGCUGGAUGCCUCGGCGCGCUGCAACGUUCGCUCCAGGGAAGCCUCGCGGCGGGCGUCAACGGCGGCGUUCCCGCGAUUUGCCGCGCGUUUUUCCCAGAGGAGGAAUCGCGAAAGAGGGCGAUGUCCGACCAGUCAUCGCAGACGCCCGAGAUUGACGAGGAGGACGAAGAGAGCGAUAACACGAAGCAGGAAGAAGCCGUGACGGGCUCCCCCAAGCCUCAAGUCGAUCCCAGGGCGAUGACGUCGGAGGACCGCUCCGGUUUGCUCGCGGCGCUUGAAGAUUUUUUGUCGGCGUGCGCGAGGGCGGUCGAGGUUCACGGCACGGCCACGAGGUUGACUGCCGCGGGGAAGCCGAGGGGCGAAAGCGGCGCUUCGACGAUUGAGCAGAUGCAGGGUAUGUUCGUCAGGUGCCUGGCGGAGAUUCGAAGGGACAUCACGGUCAUCAGCGACCGAGAGAAGGACGUGGAUAAUGACGAGGAAUACAAGUAGGAAACGAAAUGAAAACGAAAUCGCAAAUCGAAAUC